UCAAGGAGCCGUGUUUCUAAACGGCCUUAGCGACAGUAACUAAGGGGCGGGGCGAGACGCCGUGACAUCGCGAGAACACUCCGCGGGAUCCCGCAGCGCUCCUGUAUCUCAGCCUGAAGAGCUCCGAGACCAGAAUCCAGACUCGGUCCAGGACAACACGGUCCACCAGUCACAGCGGAGACCUGCAGGACGAUGGAGAACCAGAACCCGGACCACAGGAGCCAAACAGCAGCCUCGUGCUCUGAUAGCGCCGAUGUUCAGAGAAGGAGAAGAAGAACUGGACUCAAACGUCACCGCUGUGAGCUCUGUGACAAAUCCUUCACAUCUGAAUCUUUGAAGAUUCAUCAGAGAGUUCACACUGGAGAGAAACUGUACAGCUGUGACCAGUGUGGGAAAACUUUCACUACAUCAGGUGCCCUAAAAAAACACCAACGUGUUCACACUGGAGAGAAACCUCACAGGUGUGAACAGUGUGGAAAAACUUUUGCUACAUCAGGUAACCUAAAAAUCCAUGAACGUGUUCACACUGGAGAGAAACCGUACAGGUGUGAACAGUGUGGAAAAACUUUCACUACAUCAGGUCAUCUAAAAAAGCACCAACGUGUUCACACUGGAGAGAAACCUCACAGGUGUGAACAGUGUGGAAAAACUUUUACUCAAUCAGGUAACCUAAAAAUCCACGAACGUGUUCACACUGGAGAGAAGCCUCACAGGUGUGAACAGUGUGGAAAAACAUUCGCUCAAUCAGAUCACCUAAAAAAGCACCAACGUGUUCACACUGGAGAGAAACCUCACAGGUGUGAUCAGUGUGGAAAAACUUUCACUCGAUCAGGUAACCUAAAAAGGCACCAACGUGUUCACACUGGAAAGAAACCUUACUGGUGUGAACAGUGUGGAAAAACUUUCACUACAUCAGGUCAUCUAAAAAAGCACCAACGUGUUCACACUGGAGAGAAACCUUACAGGUGUGAACAGUGUAGAAAAACUUUUGCUCAAUCAGGUAACCUAAAAAAGCACCUACGUGUUCACACGGGAGAGAAACCUUACAGGUGUGAACAGUGUGGAAAAACUUUCACUACAUCAACUGAAGCAACAAUCCACCGACGUGUUCACACUGGAGAGAAACCGUACUGGUGUGAACAGUGUGGAAAAACUUUUGCUCAAUCAGCUCACCUAAAAAAGCAUCAACGUGUUCAUAUUGGAGAGAAACCUCACGUCUGUGACCAGUGUGGGAAAACUUUCACUAGAUCAUGUGACCUUAAAAUCCACCAACGUGUUCACACUGGAGAGAAACCGUACUGGUGUGAACAGUGUGGAAAAACAUUCGCUCGAUCAGGUGCCCUAAAACUCCACCACCGUGUUCACACUGGAGAGAAACCCUACAGCUGUGACCAGUGUGGGAAAACUUUCACUAUAGCAGGUAACUUACACAUGCACCAACGUGUUCACACUGGAGAGAAACCGUACAGCUGUGACCAGUGUGGGAAAACUUUCACUGGAUCAAGUGACCUAAAAAGUCACCAACGUGUUCACACUGGAGAGAAACCGUACUGGUGUGAACAGUGUGGAAAAGCAUUCGCUCAAUCAAUUGCCCUAAAAAGCCAUCAACGUGUUCACACUGGAGAGAAACCUCAUAGGUGUGAACAGUGUGGAAAAGCAUUCGCUCAAUCUAUUGCCCUAAAAAUCCACCGACGUGUUCACACUGGAGAGAAACCGUACUGGUGUGAACAGUGUGGGAAAACUUUCGCUGUGUCAAGUAGCCUAAAAAGCCACCAACGUGUUCACACUGGAGAGAAACCGUUCAGCUGUGACCAGUGUGGAAAAACCUUCACUACAUCAGGUAACUUACAAAUGCAUCAACGUGUUCACACUGGAGAGAAACCGCACUGGUGUGAACAGUGUGGAAAAACUUUCACUCAAUCAGCUCACCUAAAAAUCCACCAACGUGUUCACACUGGAGAGAAACCGUACAGCUGUGACCAGUGUGACAAAUCUUAUACCGACAGGAGAAACCUUAGAAUCCACAAACGGGUUCACACUGGAGAGAAACUGUACAGCUGUGACAACUGUGGGAAAGCUUAUACUACAUCAGGUCACCUAAAAAUCCACCAACGUGUUCACACUGACCAGAAACCGUACUGGUGUGAACAGUGUGGAAAAACUUUCAAUAGAUCAGAUUCCCUAAAAAUCCACCAACGUGUUCACACGGACGAGAAACCGUACUGGUGUGAACAGUGUGGAAAAACUUUCACUACUUCAGGUCACCUAAAACUCCAUCAACGUGUUCACACUGGAGAGAAGCCGCACUGGUGUGAACAGUGUGGAAAAACUUUCACUCAAUCAAGUGCACUAAAUAUCCAUCAACGUGUUCACACUGGAGAGAAACCAUACAGGUGUGAACAGUGUGGAAAAACCUUCACUGCAUCAACUCACCUUAAAAUCCACAGGCGUAUUCACACUGGAGAGAAACCUCACUGGUGUGAACAGUGUGGAAAAACUUUCACUCAAUCAGGUGCCCUAAAAAAGCACCAACAUGUUCACACUGGAGAGAAACCGUACUGGUGUGAACAGUGUCAACAAACUUUCACUACAUCAGAUGACUUAAAAAUCCACCAAUGUGUUCACAUUGAACAGAAACCGCACAGCUCUGGCCAAUGUGGCAAAUCUUAUACCAACCAAGGAGAACCCUUAGAAGACACAAAUGCAUUAACGAAUCAUCACUGUGACAGUUUUCACAGAACCGAGCUAGCUGUUUCCUCCUGCCCUGAAUACAACCCUGUUAUCAUGUGACUGUGCUAGACUAACGUCAUGUGAUGACAGCUGAGGAAGUUUGAUUUGGAAAGAGCCAAUAGCAAAAUUAAACUGCAGUAGCCAGGUUACAACCAGUAGAGGGAAGUCACUGCAUUUUAUAAUUUGUGUCUAUAGGUAAUCACACAUCUGACAUAAAAAAUUACUUGUGGAGUUCCCCAAGGCUCCAUUCUAGGGCCUCUUCUGUUAACGUCUACAUGGUUCCAAUGGCUCAGAUUAUGUAAAACAACAAAAUGUUACCAUAACUAGGCAGAUGACGCGCAAAUAAUUUACAUAACCAUAUCACCCCCAUACAAGUGCUGAGGAACUGUAUUAAACAAAUUAACGAUUGGAUGUCCUAAAAUUUUAACAAAGAUAAAACUGAAGUCAGUGCUCAGCUUCAAUUGGUAAUGUUAAGAACCACAAACCAAGCCAGAAAUGUUGGUGUGGUCAAGAACUCAGACCUGAAUUUAAGUGGUUACAUUAAGACAAGUCGGCCUACUAUCACCUGACGAAUAUAUCAAGGAUUAAAGGACUUUUGUCUCAGCAGGACCUGGAAAAACUUUUAUCUUCAGUCGACUCAACUACUGUAACAGUGUCUUUACAGGCUCCCUAAAAAUCCAUCAGGCAGCUGAUUCAGAACGCUGCUGCUCGAGUCUUCACUAAGAUCAAAAAGGUGG